UUUAGGCUUUCAGACACCACUGUAGUCACACUGUGACACGUUUUUAUUCACAGUCCCCAUUCAUUUUCUAUACUGCUUAUCCUCAUGAGGGUGGCAGGCAUGCUGGAGCCUAUCCCAGCUGUCUUGACGCGAGAGGCGGGGUACACCCUGGACUGGUCGCCAGCCAAUCACAGGGCACAUUUAGACAAACAACCAUUCACACUCACAUUCAUACCUAUGGACAAUUUGGAGUCGCCAAUUAACCUAGCAUGUUUUUGGAAUGUGGGAGGAAACCGGAGUACCCGGAGAAAACCCACGCAUGCACGGGGAGAACAUGCAAACUCCACACCGAAAUGCCCAAGCGACAUUCCCCACAAUUACCCUUUUUUGUUUUGUUGGGGAAGAUGAGGCCAGGAAAAGAAGUAAAAACAGAAGAACAAAACCACAGCGUAAAGCCAAGCACUUCAGUGAUGAAGAGGAAGAAGAGGAGGAUGAGGAUGAGGCACCGAGGAAGAGAGGAAAAAAGAAGAACGCUAAACUCACGGACAGCGAUGAAGAUGACGAGGAAGAUAAGAGGAGUGUGAAAAGGAAAGCCUCCAAAGCUUCUAGGAAGAAAGCGAAGCAGGAGGAGAGCGAAGAUGAGAGCGAAGAGGACCAAAGGAGGAAGAAAAAGGGGGGUAAAUCCGUGCCCAAAAAGGACAAGGAAGAACAGAAUAAAGAGAAGAAAGGGAAUGGUAAAGGGAAAAGAGGGAAUGAUAAUGAUGGUGAGAAGGACAAAAAGAAGAAGAAGAGGACCUUGAGCAGCUCUUCAUCCUCCUCUGACUCUAGUGAAGAGUCUCUGUCGGAGGGCGAGAUGGCGAUCUUGAAGGAAGAGGUAGAGGAGAAGAAGAAACUCAUUGCCACAUUAAGGAAUAAACCAUGGCGUAUGAAGAGGAGACUUGUCGUGCUUAAGGAGGCGCAGGAGUUUGUUGAAAGGUUUGAAGGUGCUCUUGGCAAAGGAAAAGGCAGGAGGCUAUAUGCAUUCAAAGUCAUGAUGACCAAGAAAUUCAUCAAGUUCAAACGUGACUUUGAGAACUUCAAAACAGCCUGUAUACCCUGGGAGAGGAAGAUCAAGGAAGUAGAAAGUCACUUUGGAUCUUCUGUGGCAUCCUACUUCAUAUUUCUAAGGUGGAUGUAUGGACUCAACCUGGUUCUAUUUGGGUUCAUGUUUGGCUUGGUGGUCCUGCCUGAGAUUCUCAUGGGUCUUCCUUAUGGGGCCAUUCCCAGGAAAACUGUACCCCGGGAGGAGCAGGAGAAAGCUAUGGACUUCUCAGUGCUCUUUGAGUUUGGUGGAUACUGCAAAUACUCUUUUUUAUUCUAUGGAUUCUACAACAAUGAGCGAACAAUUGGUGUGCUGAAGUUCAGACUUCCUCUGUCAUACCUUCUGGUGGGCGUCGGCAUCUUCGGAUACAGCUUGAUGGUUGUCAUUAGAACGAUGGCCCGUAACUCUAAUGAAGGAGGUGACGGUGCUGAAGAGGGAGAGUUUACUUUCAGCUGGAAGAUGUUCACCAGCUGGGAUUAUCUGAUAGGAAACCCAGAGACAGCAGACAAUAAAUAUGCCUCCAUUACCACCAGCUUCAAGGAAUCCAUUGUAGAUGAGCAGGAGAACCAGAAGGAUGAGAACAUCCAUCUCCGUCGUUUCCUCAGGGUUCUCGCCAAUGUUCUCAUCCUGUGCAGUCUUGGAGGUAGCGGUUACCUCAUUUACUUUGUGGUGAAGCGCUCCCAGGAGUUUGCUGAUAUGGAUAAUGAUGAACUUUCCUGGUUUGAAAAAAAUGAGGUGGAGUUUGUCAUGUCUCUCCUGGGGCUGGUGUGUCCCCCUCUUUUUGAAACCAUCGCUGAACUAGAAGACUAUCACCCUCGUAUUGCUCUCAAGUGGCAACUGGGACGCAUCUUUGCCCUUUUCCUGGGAAACCUUUACACCUUCCUUUUCGCCCUUUUCGAUGAGGUCACUGCUAAGUUGGAGAGUGAGAAGUUGAUCAAGAAUGCCACUGAAUGGGCGUUAAAUGAGUACCGUGCUAACUACAGUACCCACUUCAACACCACAGACGUGCCUCCUCCAGAUGUGCAUCCAGCGGACGUUAUCAGGGGACCCUGUUGGGAGACUGCCGUUGGCAUUGAAUUUGUGAAGCUGAUUGUGUCGGACAUCCAAGUGACCUACUUGACCAUCCUGAUUGGGGACUUUCUGCGAGCUGUCAUUGUCCGCUUCCUUAACUAUUGCUGGUGUUGGGACCUGGAGGCUGGAUUUCCUUCAUAUGGAGAAUUUGAUAUCAGUGGCAAUGUGCUGGGCCUUAUCUUCAAUCAAGGAAUGAUAUGGAUGGGAGCUUUUUAUGCUCCAGGGCUGGUGGGUCUGAACGUUUUACGUCUCCUGUGCUCGAUGUACUACCAAUGCUGGGCUGUGAUGGCCUGUAAUGUUCCUCAUGAGCGAGUCUUCAAGGCCUCACGCUCCAAUAACUUCUACAUGGGUCUGCUGCUCCUUGUGCUCUUCCUCAGCCUGUUGCCUGUGGUCUACACAAUAAUGACCUUGUCACCAUCGUUUGAUUGUGGGCCUUUCAGCGGCCAAGAGAAGAUGUAUGAUGUUGUCAUGGAGACUAUAGAACAGGAUCUUCCCUCCUUCAUUGGCACCAUAUUCAAUUAUGCCACCAACCCGGGUCUCAUCAUGCCUGCUGUUCUUCUUAUGGUGCUGGCUAUCUAUUAUCUGAACGCUGUAUCAAAGGGAUACCAACAAGCAAAUACGGACCUUAAAAGGAAGAUGCAAAUGGCUCGAGAUGAGGAAAAGAAUCGCAGGAACAACAAGGAUAGCACUAAUCAAGUCAUGAAAGACUUGGAGGACCUGCUGCCAGACAAAUCUUUGAUACCACCUCCGACUGAGGAAGAGCCACCCCCGCCUGAUGUUGUCAUUGAGAAGGGCACCAAGUCUCCAAAAAUGAAGCCAGGUGGAGCAGCAGCCAACGGGAAAGGGGUUAACCUUCAAAGAGAUGUUUCAUUGGCUGCUUCCAAUCCCAGAGGGCCAGUGACCCGGGCCCCUGGACCAAGAGGGAGACCUCCAGGAAAUGCAAGGGGGCCUCAACCAGGACCUGGUGGAGGAAGAGGCCGAGGCAGGCCUCCAAGACAAUAGAAGUCCAAAGUCCAUUGAUAGAUGUUUAAGAGUCAGGGCGAGCAUGAUGGAUGUUUGGUUGCAUGGUACUCAGGGUACAUGUAUGUUGUCAUUGACUGGCAGUCUAGUGAGUAAGUGAGCUGGGAUAGGCUCCAGCUUCCUUGAGACCAUGAAGAAGCUAAGGAGAAGAAAAUGAAUGAACGAAUUAUAAUUAGAAUAGAUUAAGAAUGGCCAUCUGUGAUUAAAUCAGUUAAGAUAUAUUUAUACAAAGCAAGAUAUAGAAAUGGAAACACAUCUGAAGAGUGGUCACUGGUUGUGGAUAUGGAGAAGCAUAUGUGUUGAUUUCGUUUGGAAAUCUAUGUAAAUAGUAAGUAUGUAAAUACUUUUUUAAAAUAACCACUAUUAAAAGUAUUCUA